AUGCCCUCACUCAACCCAUUUGAUACGGUCUUAGAGGCUCUCAAUAAAGAGCAGAUAGUCCCUGAUGUCAUUCCUGAAGGAUUUAUCCCAUCGACUCUCUUGAACAUUGCUUGGGGUGACAAAGAGGCUCAAUUAGGGAAUGAACUCACCAAGGGAGAUACUGUCAACGAACCAACGAUCACGUUCGCCCCCGGCUCCGACGAUGGACCUGAUAGCACAUAUACCCUUGCAUUUUUAGAUCCCGACGCACCAUCUCGCGCAGAUCCCAAGUUUGGGCCUUUUAGGCAUUGGGUGAUCACUGGGCUUCGAACACCAAGCGUCGACGCUAUUACCCAACUGGCAAAGGAUAACACCACCGAUGCCCCAAUUGGAGCCAAGUCAACUAAACAAGCGACUACACCUUAUCGCCCACCUGGUCCUGGGCCAGGCACUGGUGUUCAUCGAUACGUAUUUCUGUUGUUCCGUGAACCAAGCGAGGGCUUUGAUAUCCCACCAGGCUCCCCAGAGUAUGGAGCGGAGCUCGAGCAACGGAGGAAAUGGUCAGGUAUCGAGUUCGGAAAGCGUUAUGGCUUGCACCUGGUCGCUGCGAACUUCUUCUUACUCAAGGCAGCGGACCAGUGA